AUGGCAUCGACAGUCCUUCCCCCAAGUUCACAACUCGAAGCUAAAGAUGACACGCCAGCUCGGGAGCUCGGUUCUGCUCCUGCGCCAGUCUUGCGUGAAGGAGCCGUUUCCGCCUCGAGUCCACCCGCUGUUUCCCAGACUUCUUCCUCCGAGCUGGGCUUACCCGGUACCUUCCCCCGUGAUCCGCAUGUCCCACUUGACCGCCUUAGUGAGAAAGCAACGACUACCACCGAGGAGACGGACAGCAACACAUUGCUUGGUGCGGCUCGCGAGGAUGUCCGUCGUGCAGUAGAUGCUGCCGCGCAGUACCUCCCGGAGGGAGUCGUCGGAGCUAUCGGCUCUGUCCUUGCUGUGGGCACUUUGGACUCCGCCGCGGCGGAGAAGAAAUUUGAUGUUUCCCAGACCUCGGGAAAGACUAGAAGCACGUUCAGCGACUUUGAUCCUAGUAAAAUGGGCGUUGCAGGCAUUGCAACUGAUUUGAAUUUGCCAUCGAAAUCACGCGAAGCUCCAGCAUCUACUAUUGCAGCCCGCAGGGCAUCCGAACCGUCUGCCACGGCGGCGAAGCCCGCCUUUGUAUCCUACUUGCCUGGUCCCGUCAUAACGGUUACUACGCCUCCACCGGAAAGGAGUGAAACAUCUUCCACGACUCAACAGCAGGAAGAUUACGCAGCGUUCGUGGCCUACGCACCCGGUCCGAUCAUCACUGAUGCGCCUCCCUCCGAUGACGAUGAUACGAACCAAAAGGAUACUGAGGCCAUUGCUGAGCGUCGACGCCCCGGUGUAGAGUCGACUUCGACUAAGGAUGCAUCGAAGAAGAAAAGAGCGGCUGAGGCUGCUGCCGUUGGUGCAGGUGUAGGAACUCUAGGCGGUGCAGCUUACAAACGUUCCUCGCCGGCGGACAAGGCUGAAGGUACUGUCGAGCAGCCCACUUCUCAGGACACUGCGAAGACCUCGAGCGACGUAGCUGCAUUCCCUAAGCCUGCUGGCGCUCCUGCUCCCGCUCCUGUCUCGAAAGAGCCUGUCCGGGGAGGCGCAGAGGCACGACGUCCCGCCGAGACAGGCGCAUCGACGGACUCUACGAAGAAAAGAGAGGCUGUGCAAGCUGCAGCACUCGGUGCAGGGAUAGGUACACUCGGAGGCGCAACGUACGAAUAUUCUCGUUCGUCAGCCCGGGCUCCUGAACAGAUAACUUCCAACGAAACAAGCGGCCUUGGUGCGAAUAUCAAAGCGCAACCUGAUGCUCGCGUUCCUACCUCGGCUUUAAAAGGGUUGCAAGACCAGACGCAUCCGGCUCCUUCUGCAGAUGACAAGAAAAUUGCGACGCAACAUGAAAAGCAUGCCCCCCUAGCUGGUGCUGCUGUACCUGCCACAGUUCCUGCGGAAAAAGAGGCUAAGAAGGAGCCUUCUGCAUUCGCUGACGACAAACAGUCUGCGCCACCUACAGACCCGUAUAAAGAAAAGGAUACACCUCCAGUCUUAGCUCCCGUCGCAUCCGCAGACAAGAAAUCAGACAAAGAAGCCAAAAAGGAAGCGAAGCGCCUCGAAGAAGAGAGAAAGAAAGUCGAGAAGAAUGCUGAGAAAGAACGACAUGAUAAGGAGAAAGAGGUUGCCGCUGCAGCGGCUGCUGCUGAAGCUGCGCAGAAAAGAGCGCAGAAGGAGGCUAAGGAACGAGAGAAGGAGAUGAAGAAGGAGGCAAAAACGAGGGAGAAGGAGGAGAAGAAGUUGCAGAAGGAGGUGGAGAAGGAGGAGAAAGAGAGAGAGAAGGAGAUGAAGCGACAGGAGAAGGAGGCUGCUACGGUUGUGGCUGUUGGCGGCGGUGGUGUUGGCGCGAAGGAGGUGGAGGAUGCUAAACGAGGCGAGGUGCAGCCGGAAGAAAAGCCAGAGAAAAAAGAAGGGGUCGAUGAAGGCAAGAAAGUAAAAAGCACAAGAACGAAGGAUGAGGCUGCUGCAGCCGCGGCUGCCACUCUUGCUGCUGCGUCUGCUGAGAGGGAGCAUAAGAGGAAGUCGUCGGUUGACUCUCCACCUCAACCAACUGCUGCUCAGGCCGAUUCGAAGGCGGCGACUAAUGAUCGUUCGGUCCAGAGACGUCCAGGCGCUAUUGACGACAAAGCCGUUGUAGCUGGGGAGGUUCCUGGUAACAAGCAGGUGAAGGGGCCUGCUAAAGAUGAGUCGCGCGGUUGGCAGAAGGACGAUACCACCACCGACGAGUCAAAGACGAAAUCCAAGCAAGGUGCUGCUGCGACGACAGCAGUUGUAGGUGGUACCGCAGCCGCCAUUGCUCUCGCGCUGUAUUCUGCCAAACAAGAAAAGAAGCAGAAACCCUCCGACGAUGCUUCUCUGCCAUCAAAAGACGUUACUUCCACGUAUGAUGGAGGAAGUAAGCCAACGCGACCUGGACCAACAUCUCUCACUAACGAGGACUCACCAGCCAAGUCCGGUUCGGACAGCGAUUUUCCACUUCCCUCCGAAGGUGCAGUUACAACUCCAGUCCGUGCGGUUGACAUCUCGGGAAAAGGUCCUAGUGCGACCCCAGCUUUGGGUACAGGCAUUGCGAAGACGACUUCUGCACCUGCAGCUGUAUCCGACCAGACUCCUCCUCCGCCGGGAUUCGAAAGGACGCGAUACCACGGCACCGAAGGACUGCAAGAAAAAUACGAAGGUGGUGCGCUCAAGUCGAGCUUCAUCGGCCGACGAUCGGAUGAGGUGGAUAGGGCAGGACAAUUACAAGGCAGCGAGCCUGAUAAGAGCGGUAAUGGUGAUAAGGUUUCGGCGAAAGAGAAUGGGAAGGGGAACAAGGAAACUGCUAGGGACGAUAAAGAUAGCGGGAGCGGUAAGAAAGAAGGAAUCGUGAAGCAUAUAGUCGAGAAGGUGAAGGAUAAGCUUCACCAUCAUUGAGAGUUUCGUAUCUCCUCGCUUCUUUUCUGUUGUCUAACCACACUGUAACAAUAUUUUCUUAUACUGUAUUAUCCUCUCUCUGAUUCUUUCUCUUCUUUGCAUUGAUUUCAUUUGUUUCAUCAUCUCCGCUUUACUUUUGC